UAACACAGAGCAGGGGGGUGGGCCACGCUGGCCCAUGGCGGAGGCCUCGCUCCCUGAGCUGGGGGCAGACGUGGAGGGCACAACUUGUCCCAGCGUCCUGGAGCUGGAAGAGCUCCUGAGGGCAGGGAAGGCCUCUUGCAGCCGCGUGGACGAAGUCUGGCCUAAUCUUUUCAUAGGAGAUGCGGCCACAGCAAACAACCGCUUUGAGCUUUGGAAACUGGGCAUCACCCACGUGCUGAACGCCGCCCAUGGGGGCCUCUACUGCCAGGGCGGCCCUGACUUCUACGGCAGCAGCGUGAGCUACCUGGGGGUGCCAGCCCACGACCUCCCCGAUUUCGACAUCAGCACCUACUUCUCCUCCGCAGCAGACUUCAUCCACCAAGGCCUCAGCAGCCCUGGGGCUGUCCCUGCGCCAGGCUGUGCUGACAGUGCGGGAGCGACGAUGGAUCUUCCCCAACCGUGGCUUCCUCCACCAGCUCCGCCAGCUGGACCAGCGGCUGCGGGGUGGCGAGUGUCGGAGCUGAAGGGCCAGAGCAGGGACUUGGUCCUCCUCACAGGGCUCUGCCACUUCACCACCGUGGCCAAGCCCCUGCUGCUGUUGCAGCUGCUGCUGCUGCUGCUGGAAGCUCUGGUCCAGGUAGAUGCCCAGGAAGUACUACGAGCCCGGUGGGGGGCGCCCCCUGCAGCCUGCACCUCCAUCUGCCAGCCCCUGUGCCCCACACCCCCUCGAAGCCACUGCCUUCAGUCUUCACAGAAACAGCAUCAAGUGUUCAGAGACAGGCAGUCGCCAGCCAGAGGCACAAACUGUGCGUCGGAGAAGCCCUUGGCCAGAGCCAGACACCUCCACAGGAUGGACUCGCUGCAGAAGCAGGACCUCCGGCGGCCCAAGAUCCACGGAGCAGGACGGCCAUCCCCCUACCAGCCGCCCACGCUGGCCUCGCUGCAGCGCUUGCUGUGGGUCCGCAGGGCCCCCACACUGAGCCACGUCAACGAGGUCUGGCCCAACCUCUUCCUGGGAGAUGCGUAUGCUGCCCGGGACAAGAGUCGCCUGCUGCAGAUGGGCAUCACCCAUGUAGUGAACGCUGCUGCGGGCAGGUUCCAGGUGGACACAGGUGCCAAGUUCUACCACGGGCUGCCCCUGGAGUACUACGGCAUUGAGGCAGAGGACAACCCCUACUUUGACAUCAGCAUCUACUUCCUGCCUGUGGCUCGCUAUAUCCGAGCAGCCCUCAGUGCUCCCCGAGGCCGCGUGCUGGUCCACUGUGCCAUGGGGGUGAGCCGCUCCGCCACUUUGGUCCUGGCUUUCCUUAUGAUCUGCGAGAACAUGACGCUGGUGGAGGCCAUCCAGGCGGUGCAGGCUCACCGCGACAUCUGCCCCAACUCCGGCUUCCUGCGGCAGCUCCAGGUGCUGGAUAACCGGCUGGGGCGCGAGGCGGGGCGGCUGUGAGCUCGGGAGCAUGGGAGCCCCAGCCUCCACCCAGCAAGGCCGCUGCCCUUUUCAGAGACCUUAAGGUGUCCCUGAGGCAGAGGCAGGGAGAACUGGGUGUGGCCCUGAGUGGUGGAUUCCCCGACCCAACCCAGAGAUUCUUUAUGCAGAAGAGGAUUAAGUCUGUCUCUAUAAUAAAAGGUUCAUCGAAAGAAG